GUUUUUCAUCCCACAGGGAUUUAUACAUCGACCACGCAGGCUGUCAACUGGAUCGAUUGAUGUGGAAAGACCACUUGGACGAUGGAAAUGCUUGACGAAAACUGACCAAUCAAGUGUUUCGGUGAUAGCCAUACAUACUUGAUCGCUGCCUCCGAAAAACUCCAGAGCGGUCAACAAAGGGCGGUCGGUAUUCUGCCGGAUGCUUUAUUGUCGGCCUGCCAGUCCCGCCUUUGAGAAGAUCAACUUUGUUCACUAUCCCCUCCCUACUACAGGAUCUGACCCUCGCGCAUGAUCAAGACGUGCUACUUGAAAUUCUGAGUCGAAAAUGGUGUGGUUGUCGCCGCUAAUCUCCCGCUAAUCGUCCAAUUUCCCCGUCUACUUGCUCUCGCGCAACCUCCGCCCUACCCACCGCGUUAUGGCCGGCCAACCUCCCAUUUUAGACGAGUUCCUCGGUGGCAUAGCCGCCCAGAUCCAAAAUCGGGAUGGUGCCAAACUGCAGGAUUUUCUACAGAUUGAGCCCCCGCUUUCGGAAGCAUACCAGCGCUUGAUCCAGGAGCUCCGAGAACGAUAUCCACCGGGCCCUCAGACCGAUUCGAAUCUGUUACAACGAUGCGAGGCACUGGUACCGCGCACCAAGGGUGGUUCAUCAUGGACAGCUUUCCCGACCUUUAUGAAGCUCUAUUUUACCUUUCUUCGUGAUGUCAAUACCGACAACCUGCUUGAUACAUACAAUCAGCUCAAGGCACUGCUUAAUCAAUGUAUUUUAGCCCUUGGUGACAGCCAGAUGGGCGUCAUCGUUCUCCCUACUGUCCUCUACCUGUCAAAAGUGUUGGCAAAGCUAGCAAUGGGAUUAGACCGCCGGCCGGAACUAAUCGCGCAUAUCUUGCGCACGGAAGGGGCCAUGGAUAACGAUGAGAGUACCGAAAAAGUGACAUUGGUGGAACAAUCGGCAAACGUGGUGCGCGAGGCCUUCAUCAAGUGCUUGACAGAUCGCACUGGAACUCCAGGCCCCCAGGGCAAGCCCGAAGGAAAGCGCGUUGGGAUCUACCUCAUGGCCAACCUGUGCCUUAAGCUCCUAUUUCAGUGCGGCAAGUUGCGAAAUGCCGAACAAAUGUUCGCCAGCAUCACUGCCCAGUCCCCUCCUUUAGCCCAUUUCCCUGCCUCACAGCGCGUGACAUAUCUCUACUACCUGGGCCGCUACUUAUUCUCCAACAACCUUUUCUAUCCCGCCCUCAUUGCCCUUCAAGCUGCCUAUGACCAAUGUCACCGCCAAGCAAUCAGCCAACGACACUUGAUCCUCGCCUAUCUGAUCCCAUGCAAUAUAAUCAUGGGUCGAUUCCCAUCUCGGAAACUACUACAACGGCCCGAGGCAAAUGGGUUGGCCGACAAAUUCGAACAGUUGUGCCGAUUGAUUGUUCGCGGGGAUUACAUCGCUUUCCGAGAGUAUCUCUCCCCGAGCUCGCCCGCUGCCGAGUGGUUUGCCCGCAAGGGAAUCUUGCUUACGCUACGCAACCGAUGUGAGAUCAUGGUGUGGCGUUCAUUCUGCCGGAAGGUGUUUAUUCACAGUGGAUAUCAUGGGGACCCGCAGGCGCAGGCGCAGCGUGGCCCCCCACCUUAUCUUUACCUUGAGAAAUUGACUAUAGCCACCCGAUGGCUCCAGUCCCAACAUCGCCAAGCUCAGUUGUCGAACGGAGUCAACCAUUCGAUAUCCGAAUUCCAUUUCUACGGGUCUCAGGUCAUUCCCGAGCCAAUUGAUCCCGACUUUAGCGGCCUCGAUGACUCGGAGAUACCGACAGGUCAGCAGUUGUUAAAGAAAUUUGGAGACUUUCUUGCGCCGGACGGCUUCUUCGAUGAAGGGGGCCAUUGGCACGAGAACAUGCCUGGUCAGUUGAUUGACGGAAAUCCGGGCGCUGAUUACGAUGCGUUUGAACUGGAUCCCUACGCCGAGGCCACGGAAGACGGCCCAGAAGCAGACAGGCAGUCGCUGCUCAUGGACGAGGUCGAAUCCAUCCUUGCCUCACUUCUCACCCAGGGACUUAUGCGUGGUUAUCUAACCCAUCGCAACCCCCGUUUCGCCAUCCCUGGGGCUCGACUACGGGGUGCCUUACCGACCGGCUUUCCCAACAUCUGGGAGACGAUCUUUGCUCGCGAAAAAGACGAUGAUAACGUUCCGGGAUGGGUGCGGCCUGGCGCCGCCGGGGGUGGCCGAGUGGUGAACUUGUCAGGAGCUCGACCGGUUGGUGUACAAUAAGGAAUUUAGAGGCUGUCAGGCUAUCUAACCCACGCAUUUUGAAUCUGUUUUUGCGAUACCUACAGCUUAUGUUCAAUGAAUAACUUGGAACGUUUUGUGGUGACAUGCGAUCUAAUCUGUUCUUCGGCUAAGUAACAGUACGAGCCGAACAGAACCAGCAGGCCAAUUGGACCUCUCUCACCAAAUAGGACGACCAAUACAUACGAUCAAUGUAAUCGACAACUGCAAGACGUGUCAGAUGUCAAGUUCUAUCUGCACAGCCUUAAAGCUUGGAUUUGUUCCACCAGAUAUCUGGGCGCCACAUCUCAUUCAACAAUCGACUGGCGUUUACCAUAUCCGGUCGUAGCUGGUCGAGCGAGGAAACCCCGAGCAUUUUCAUGGUGAUCUCAACCUCCUCGGCGAGAACUAAAAUGGUGUCAAUGAAACUCUUCAAUUCCUAGAACGACGGAGUUGACUUACCGUCAGUGCACUUCUCCACGCCUUCAAUACCGUACGCUGCCAUGGCGUAAAAAUAUGGCCUGCCCACUCCCACCGCCGUUGCCCCGAGACACAAAGCCUUGAGAACGUCGGCACCGUCCCGAAGGCCCCCAUCGACAAAGAUCUCCAAUUUGUCGAAGGCUUCCGGAUAGUAUGUACGAGUCUCUAACAGAGUCAUCAGGGCACUGGGAGCUGAGUGAAUUUGCCGGCCACCAUGAUUGCUCAGUAGUACACCUUGCACGCCGCGUUCGACCGCCAACUUGACAUCUUCCACGGUCUGGAUCCCCUUCAGAACGAUCGGCCCAUUCCACUCCUCAGAGAUCCACUCCAAAUCAUCCCAAUUGAGACCAGGAUCCAGAUAUCCCGGCACCGGACGCCCUCCAAAUGCAGGGCCAAAGGCGUUGUCGGCCGCAGCUUCUCGGACUGUCUGACUGGUUCCUUGAUCUAGAGCUUCUUGUGCUUGCAAGUAUCGAUCUGCCGUUCGUUUACCGAGCGUAGAAGUAUCUACGGUAAUCCAUAGACUGUGAUACCCAGCAGCCUUGACCCUGCGAAUCAGGGAUCGGGCUAGAUUCCGAUCCACUGGGACGUAUAACUGGAACGCGAGCUUGGAUGGGCUUUGAUUUCCAAGUUGACGCUGCUCGUCGAGAUGAGCCUUCAUAAUCUCCUCCAAGGGCUUGCUCGUCGCCGUGCUGACCACGGUAUGUAAGCCCUUUCGGGUCGCUCCUCGUACCAGCAAGGGCUCUGCGCCUGGGUGUGCGUUACCCAGAGUUCCCAUCGCCGAGACGAAGAAUGGUUGGCUGCCGGGUUGACCCAGGAUAGACCGGGUUGGAUUUAGUGAACUGACACUCCUCAUGAUGCGAGGUCGAAAGUUGAUUCGUGUCCAGUCAUCUAGAUUGGAUUGGAGAGAUAGACCCGAAGCUGCGCUGCUGGAGGCGUAGACCCAAGCUUUAUUUGGGAGAACUCUCUUUGCGGCUGCCUCGAAGUCGUCGGUAGUAACGCAGAGGGCCAAAUUGGAUGGUGUAGUCUGAUCGUUUGCCAUGUUGGACGUGGUUACAGUGCCUGUGAAGUAUAGAAAUGUCCAGGGAAGAGAAUCCUAAAAGCAAACGGCUCAGAAGAAGAAGCCGUAUACACUUUCACAACUGUAAAGUGACAGGCUUGAAGUAAGGAUGUAAUCUUAAGAUAUUCAAG